UUCCCUAACCUAAGAACGCAUGCUGCAGCGAGCCGUGAGCACUCCCUCCAACUCCAACUGGUGGAUACUGUAGACAGACAGAGAGGGAGAAGCAAUCUUCUUUAGCGGCAAACGGAGCUUAAACUCUUUACGUCUUUGGCGUUUCGCCUGUCUGUUCGCUGAUUCGUUAAUGGCAUUCUCAGCGUCCUUCGUUCAUUCUGUCUCCCUCAACACCAUCGCCUCUUCUACUUCUUCUCCGACGUCUUCUUUCCUACCCUGUUGGAGUCCUUUAAGAACCCAUUACAGAAUUUCGGUGGCGGGUCAUCGGAGCUCUUGGCGGCGGUUGUCGGUUCAGUGUACUUCGUUGGAAUCCAACCCAGACCAUAUGAAUUCGAGGCAACCUCAAAUAUCAUCUCUAGGUCCUUUUGGAGUGUCAAUCAGGGAAUCAAGCAUGGCGAAACCCUCAGUCAGAUGGCGGAGGGUGUUGCUUAAAGUGAGUGGAGAAGCACUUGCAGGUGAUCGUACUCAAAACAUUGAUCCAAAGAUCACAAUGUCUAUAGCAAGGGAGGUUGCAGCUGUCACUCGUCUGGGCAUUGAGGUUGCAAUUGUGGUUGGUGGUGGGAAUAUCUUUCGCGGAGCCUCCUGGGCAGGAAGUAGCGGCCUUGAUCGGUCAUCAGCAGAUUAUAUUGGGAUGUUAGCAACCGUCAUGAAUGCUAUAUUUCUUCAAGCGACAAUGGAGAGCAUUGGCAUUCCCACCCGUGUCCAGACUGCAUUUAGGAUGUCUGAGGUUGCAGAGCCAUAUAUACGUCGAAGGGCUGUGAGGCAUUUGGAGAAAGGGAGGGUUGUGAUUUUUGCAGCCGGAACUGGAAACCCAUUUUUUACCACGGACACUGCAGCAGCACUUCGCUGUGCAGAGAUUAAUGCGGAGGUGGUCUUGAAAGCUACAAAUGUCGAUGGGGUAUACGACGAUGAUCCUAGGCGCAACCCAAAUGCACGUCUUCUUGAUACACUGACUUAUCAAGAGGUGACCUCGAAGGACCUCUCGGUCAUGGAUUUGACUGCCAUUACGCUGUGCCAGGAAAACAACAUUCCUGUCGUCGUCUUUAAUCUAUCCAACCCGGGCAACAUCUCAAAAGCAAUAAGGGGUGAGAGGGUGGGUACUUUGAUCGGGUCUACAUGGAACACACCAGUCAGUAUGUCAUAAAGAAAUGAUCCACAAGUUGCUGGCUUUUCAAGUUGAAGUCGGAAGGUUUUGCGCUUUAGGAUGUUUUUUGUUGCAUAGAACAAGCAAUUGGAUGUUCUGAGCAUCAAGCGGAAGGUUGGGAGGGAGAAAUAUGACCUCACUGGCAUUUUGCAUUUUGUCACAAGAGUCUUUUCUUAAACUGUGUUAUUUGUAAAUAAAUUCCCUUUAUUCGCUGACCACAAAAUUUAUUCGAACUGGAUUUUACUUGC